AUUGAGUACAAGAAGCGAGGAGCAGCUGGUGUGGGGGUGACCAUGCUGGGGCGUCCAGAUAUUGAGCUGGCAAAGGAGGUGUCCAAGCUGACCAGCCAGGUGAAAUACAAGGAGAAUUACUCCAAAGAGAAGGGUAAAAAGCCAAAGUAUGACUUAAAGGAGGCCAAAAUCUACAAGACCAUGAAGGAUGCUCACAACAUGGCCAGUGAGGUGAAGUACAAAGCUGACCUGAAGAAGCUCCACAAACCUGUGACAGACAUGUCUGAGUCGCUGAUCAUGAACCACGUCCUGAGCACGAGCCAACUCGCCAGUGCUUACCAGUACAAGAAGCAAUAUGAGAAGAGUAAGGGUCACUACCAUGUGGUGCCAGAUAAUCUUGAACAGGUUCACCUAAGGGAGGCAUCAGAACUGCAGAGCCACGUGAAAUACAGAGAAAAAUAUGAGAAGGAAAAAGGAAAACCCAUGUUGGACUUCGAAACUCCAACGUACCUCACUGCAAAGGAAUCUCAACUCAUGCAGAGUCAGAAAGAAUAUAAGAAGGACUUUGAAGAGUCCAUUAAGGGCAGGAACCUUACUGGCUUGGAGGUUACACCAUCCCUAUUACAUGUCAAAUACGCAACCAAAAUAGCGAGCGAGAAAGAGUACAGGAAGGAUCUGGAGGAAGGUGUCAAAGGGAAAGGCCUGACAGCCUUAGAGGAGACUCCAGACAUGUUAAGAGCAAAGAAUGCGACUCAAAUCCUCAAUGAGAAAGAGUACAAAAAAGCCUUGGAGCUGGAAAUCCGAGGGAAAGGCCUGACAGAACUGGCCAUGGAGACUCCAGAUUUCGUGAGAGCCAAGAAUGCCACGGACAUUGCCAGCCAGAUCAAAUACAAACAAUUGGCAGAAAUGGAGAAAGCCAACUACACCAGUGUUGUUGAUACUCCAGAGAUUAUUCAUGCCCAGCAGGUCAAGAACCUUUCCAGCCAGAAAAAAUACAAGGAAGAUGCAGAAAAGAGUAUGCCCUACUAUGUGCCCGUGGCAGACACACCAGAAAUGCAGAGAGUCCGUGAGAAUCAGAAGAACUUUAGCACACUUCAGUAUCAGUCAGACCUGCAGAACAGCAAAGGGAAGGUCACAGUUGUACAGGACACACCAGAGAUGCUGAGGGUGAAAGAGAACCAGAAGAACUUCAGCUCGAUUUUGUAUAAAGAAGACAUUGGGACUGGAACUACCAUUGAAAAGACCCCAGAGAUGCAGAGAGUUAAGCGAACGCAGGAUAAUAUCAGCUCGAUUAAGUACAAGGAGAGCAUUGGGAAAGGAACUCCAAUUCCUGACCUCCCCGAGGUGAAGCGUGUCAAGGAGACGCAGAAGCACAUCAGCUCGGUGUUGUACAAGGAGGAGCUGGGGACAGGGACCCCCACCCCUGUCACCCCCGAGAUCGAGAGGGUCAGACGCAACCAGGAGCACUUUAGCUCGGUCCUUUACUCAGACAGUUUCAGGAAGCAAGUCCAAGGCAAAGCUGCUUACGUCCUGGACACGCCGGAGAUGCGUCGCGUGAGGGAGAGCCAGAAACACAUCUCCACAGUUAAAUACCACGAGGAUUUCGAGAAGAGCAAAGGCAGUUUCACCCCUGUGGUCACUGACCCCAUCACGGAGCGUGUGAAGAAGAACAUGCAGGACUUCAGUGACAUCAGCUACAGAGGCAUCCAGAGGAAGGUGGUGGAGAUGGAGCGCAAACGCGUGGACCAGGACCAGGAGAACCUCACAGGUCUGCGCGUGUGGCGCACCAACCCUGGCUCAGUGUUCGACUACGACCCAGCCGAGGACAACAUCCAGUCCAGGAGUCUGCACAUGAUCUCAGUGCAGGCCCAGCGCCGCAGCCGCGAGCACUCCCGAUCCGCCA